AUGGGCUGCCUUGGCGCCCAAUCUGCCCUCGCGAUCCCGGAAUGUGUCUGGGAUCCUGAGAGAAUGCGAGAGGCAAAGGAAAAAGGCGAGGUCUCGGAUCUGGAGAGGAAGUGGGGUAAACCGCCUCACCUCUUCGUUCUCUCAGAGCUGGUGCAGAUGGUUCCAGUUGUUAUUUCUCGUUGCUGGGUAACCGUUUUUUGUUUUUGUUUUUUUUUUAAUUCAACUACGGCGGCCGGGAAGGGGGAGGCACGGCCUCGCCCGGCGGCCACGGACCGUCUUCGCGACCGAACGGCUUGGGAGGGGUGGAGCCAGGCCUCCCCGCCCCGCGCAGGCCCCGCCCACGACCCCGGCCCCGCCUGGAGUCCGCGCCCGGAGUUCCGCACCCGGGUGUCGGAUCCUCGCCAACAUGGUAGUACCGGGAUUUGUGUUUGGGCUGGUCCUGCCUUUAAUCCUGCCGGCCGGCACAAGUGCAGGUCGGUCAAAGGAGUUGACGUAUGCUUAACACUGUGCCUGCCCCAAGUAAGCUCCCCAGUAAAACAUGUUGGUUUUCGCUUCGCCUCAUACAUCAAUAAUUACAUGGUGCUGCAGAAGGAGCCUGCCGGGGCAGUGAUUUGGGGCUAUGGCACAUCGGGGGCCACCGUGACGGUGACUCUGUACCAACAGCAGGAAGCCAUCAUGAAGAAAGUGACAAGUGUGAAAGAAAUUAACAGCACAGAGUGUAAAUACUGGUAA